CACCGUGUCACAGAUAAGAAUGGCAUUUGUCCUUCCUUCAACAGACGCCGACAGCGUCAAAGAUAACGCCGGCGGCUGUCGUUGGACGCUACCCUGGUCGCGCCGCAGUAUAUUGAGCACUGUGCCGCUGCUAGACCGCGCCCGCGCCGCAGCUCGCAUGUCCCCCGGCCUGCACGACUUCUCCAGACGAUUCCAGGAACCGCUUCUAGAAUAGCGCCGAGAGCUGACCCCGAGAAGGAUGACGGCACAGUCCAGCUUACAGAAUGCCCUGUCGGAUCUGCCCGCGAUUUAUGUAUCCAACAAAGAGGGCGUCCAAAGUCCAAAUGCUGCCCGCGGCCCGUCGCCAUUUCCUCUCCUCAACACGCUGAAGGUCCCGGUGCUGAGAGAUGGUGACAGUCACAGUCGCAGAGCUUUCGGCUAUGGCGACAGCGGCUCCGGCCUCAGCCGUCGACUAUGCCGACGUGCUUCGGCAUCCCGAGAAGUACUACCAGGGAUUUGACCUUGUCUGGAUUAUGAUCUCAUCAGCCUUGGUCUUUAUCAUGAUACCAUCCCUAUCUCUCAUAUAUUCCGGCCUUGGCAAUCGUUCAUUCGCGUUAACACUAUUUCGACUUCCUCUGAUCACGGCGGCUUUCGUUGGCCUUCAGUGGGCACUCUGGGGCUAUCUUGUCACCUUCACCGACUCCAUGCUGCCCUCGAACUGGUGGGGCGGAGAGAACCGAGCUGGUGGACUGCGAGAUGUGGCAGGGCGGCCUGUUGUGGUGGGAGAUGGACCCGACGAGUCUGCCGUUAUUCCAGAGCUGGUGUUUGCGUUAUAUGAGGGUAUGUUUGCUGCAUUCACCGCCGCCGUGGUCUGUGGUGGAACCAUGCACCGAACACGACCGAGGCGCUUCAUCAUCUUCAUCAGUCUUUGGUCGUUACUUGUCUAUGACCCUGUUGCGAGAUGGACAUGGAGCAGCAAGGGGUGGCUGAGGGAACUCGGGAGUUUGGACUUUGCUGGUGGAACGCCGGUCCAUAUCGUCAGCGGAACGACGGUGGCUGCUUUUGCUGUCUUUUGCUCCAUUGAAUCGAGGGGCAACCUGCUCGACUUCCUCAUCGACGCUGGCCACAAGGUUUGGCGACGAGUUCAACAUCUCGCGUAUGGUGUGUGGAGCAUCCUGAGAAUUGUCAUCUUGUUGUUUACAUGUGGACACCUCAGAGUCCCGGAAGGAGAGGACGCGCCAAACGAGGAGCUAUCAGAACAGGGCGUGGAAAGCUUCCCAUACAAUAUCAACUUCGUUGUGCUUGGAACGGCAUUUCUCUGGUUUGGUUGGGCUGGCUUCAAUGGCGGUUCCGCUUUGGGUGGAAAUUUGCGGGCGGUCUCGGCAUGGACUGCCACCCAUGUCUCGGCUUGUGCUGGCGGUGUCACCGGGAUGCUCUGGAUUUGGCUGAUGAAGGGCGUGCCAGAAACCGACGUUGAGCUGGAAGGUGGCGAUCCCCGGGACGAAGCUGCCAGAAAUCGUGCUAUGGCAAGACAGGCCUUCGAUCGUAUUUCGGUAUUCUUUUUUUGCGAUGGUGCCAUUGCAGGACUGGUGGCGAUCACGCCGGCAGCGGGUUAUGUUCCCGUCUGGAGCGCUCCAGUGUUUGGUGUUGUUGGUGCCCUUUGCGUCAACUUCCUGAAAAAAGAAGCCGAAAUAUUCCUUCGACAUGACCCUUUGCAAAUCUUUGCCGUGCACGCCGGCGGCGGUGUUGUCGGCAUGGUUCUCACUGCUCUUUUUGUCGACUCAACAACAAUUGGCCUUGAUGGUCAUUCGACCAUCCCGCACCCCGAGUUCAGCACUGCGCAACGUGUGGGCUACCAGCUCGCCGAUGUCUCGGCGGGCAUGGGAUAUACCUUUUUCAUGACACUUGGAAUCUUGUACCUGAUGAAGUUGGUCGCCUUCAUGUUUGGGAAGUCUUCUUGGAGCCAAACAGGGGUGUAUAGCGACUCGAACAGGUUGGAGGACAACUUCCAAGCCGUGGUUCAACAGCAAUGGCGCGGUGAUUUGGAUCCUGAGGGGCGGCCGUUCGGAAGGCUCGUCGCCCCAUCGCUGCCCCCGGCCCCCUCAAGGCCUUUGAGAGAGGAUGAUAUUCACUUGGAGCACCUCAAAAACCUGCCAAGUCCACCGAGGAGUGCGACUUCAGGUGCGCAAGUGCCUCCAUGGGGCAUGAUGCCGGAGUUGCCAGGGAGCCAGGGAAUGCCGCCAUGGCCGAGUUUACCGAGUCAGGGAUUGCAGCCGCGCACGUAAAUGAAUCAAAAUAAAAGUAGUCUAAUUUGAGAAACGGGAGUUAUGGGAGGUUCAAUGCACGAUUUCUUUGGGAUGCUCUGUGGCAUGUUUGAUCGAAAAGUUAAAGACGUGAAUCAGAGCCACGAACGCCAAG